GGGCGUCAUGCGGCUCCAUUACCCCGCGCAGUAGGACACUUCGGUGCGGGGAAGCUCAUGCUCAUAUUCACAUCCAGACACAGCUUCGUACGCGUCUUCACACAUCGUACCAAUUACAUACUUACCAAAACCACCUCGAAGACAGCUGACGCCACAAGUACACAAUGACCACCCGCCCACGAACAGCCUUCAUCACAGGCGGCUCCAGCGGCCUAGGCUACGCCCUCGCCGCGCGCCUCCUCUCACAGCACUACCACAUCUUCAUCGCCGACAUCUCCCUAUCCGGCGCAAAAGAGCUAGCCGCAACCCACAACACGCCCUCUGCCAUAAAAGUCCACUACGCAGGCACCGACGUCUCGUCCUGGGACUCUCAGCUCUCGGCCUUCAAGCAGGCCCUCGUCGUCCUGGGCGGCCGCAUCGACUACGUGUUCCCGAUUGCCGGGAUAGGUGAGCGGAAGUGGCUUCCCUUCGCGGAGGAGAGCGCCCGGGGCGAGUUCGUGAAGCCGAAUCUGCAGACGCUGGAGGUUGAUUUGACGGGCGUGCUGUACACGGUUGCACUUGGGGUGCAGCAGUUCCGGCGGCAGGAGCCAGACCCCGCCGGAUGGCGAGGCAAGCUCGGGCUCGCAGCGAGCAUCUGCGGGAUUUCGCCGGUCCCCGCGCUGCCCGUGUACUCGGCGGCCAAGUACGGCGUCGUGGGGCUGACGCGCACGUAUGGCAAGAUGUUGCCGGCGGAGGGCAUCAGCGUGAACGCGGUGUGUCCCGGGAUAGCGCGGACGGGCAUCAACUCUGAGAGCUUUUACAAAAGCGUUGAGAAGGACGGGAUUUUGGCGUCGAUUGAUGGCGUGGUGGAUGCGUUUGUGGACAUGAUCGAGGGGAGCGGGAGCGCCGAGUUGUAUGUGUGUCGGCCGGAGGGGUACGUGAAGAAGGAGGAGGAGGCGUACGAUGCGUGGCUGCAGAAGAGCAUCGACGUGCUUGACGAGGGACAUAGGUGGAUCCAAUACUCCGAGUCGGGACUUUGAGGGGUGCUGGUGGGCGGGAAACGGUGUCUAUA